GAAGGGGCCUAAAACAGCCAUGGUGGUUACUCCAAGCAACAGUGACCAGUUCUGUCUUGAACAAGAUAGAACUUGCUUCCGAGGAUAUGUGUAUGGGAUUGGACUACUGGAUGCUGAGACGCUGUACCCCCCCCCCCCCAAUUGCAUGGAGAAUGUCUAUCUAUCUGGAGCCUUUUGAGUUCAAAGUUGUGAAGCUUUCCUGGAAGUAACACAGGUGGCCACUGGCGUAUAAAAAUGUUUGGGGGUGGGCUGCAUCCCAAGGCCCUUCGCAUUUAUAGUGCAAUUCUAAAGGCAGUCACACCCGUUUAAACUGGUUGGUUUCAGUGGCUUUAGAAGAGUGUAGCUCUGUUUAGGAUUGCAUUGAUGGCCAGGCCAGCCUUAGGCUCUUACCUGAAUUAACCUGCACAGGAUCUAGGGUAUUUCUAAGGCCCCAGCUUAAAAUAAAGUCCUUGCAAAUCUCCCAAACAUUUUAGGAAUUAAAAAAAGCAUUUUUGUUCAAAGGGCUUUCAAGGAUUCUAGACCAGCAGAGAGACAAGCACACAACAUGUCACAAAACAGCCUUGUCACAAAACCUUGCUCGGUACUUCCCUUCCUUCAUGGUUGGCUUUUAAAAAAUAUCCCACACAGAAUACUUUUUUUUUUUUUGGCCUUAGGAAUAGAGGGUUUUUCUCAGUCAAGAUGGCUUCUUCCGGAAGGAGACGGGAGGACAGAAAUAUUUGGACCCCAAAGUGGAAUAAUAAAAAUGAGUAGGGAGAUGUUUGCUGACAAAUUUGAAGUUCAGGGGGGCUUUCCUCUUUCCCAGCUGUUAAUAACUCCUUUCCUGGGACCACACACCAUCUAUAAACCUGCAUAUUUUAUUUUAUUUAUUUAUUUAUUUAUUUAUUUAUUUUAAAAAACCACCCCAAUAUCGAAUAUUUCCUGCGGCAAAGUUAGGCCAUAUUGCAGGAGAGCAGAUUCUGUCCUCCGAAAGCCGCCCUUCCCUGGAAAAUUGCUUUGCAUUAAAUUUCCUCCGCUCCAGAAUCAUCUUCCUUACCAGCCUCCAGCGAAACUUGAUUAAAAAAAAGGAGCGAAAGCCGGGCUUGAUGCGUUGACAGACGAAAUCCAAGAGGAAACCACAAGGCCCUUAAGUGACCCUAAUUUAAUUGAUUUUAUCAUAAAUCAUCACGUUGAUGAAGAACCCAAAGUUUUCAUUGAAAGAAAUUGAUAUUAAUGGAGUGGUUGCAUCUUUAAUUCAGAUGUUGUUCUUCCUCCAGCUGCUUGACGAUAUUGGAGCAACUUCUUUGGGGGAAUGUGUGACGCCCCCACCCACCCCCCACCCCCCACCCCCCAAAAGCUCUCUUAAUUAGGCAAAAACAUAUCCCAGCGCCAGGAGGAGUCUUUUAGAUUUAUACACUACUUCAAAGCAGCUUCGAAGACCUAGGCAAUGGUCAGAUAGGAACGAAUAUCCACAAGGCCAAAAAUCGUAUAGGUAAUCUUUGAUAUCCCACCAGAUAUUAAACAUUACUUCAUUCCCAAGCCAGCUACGUAGCUGCCUCUUCAAAGUAUCCCUGUUCUUUGGACCUAACCAGGAUAAAAACAUCUUCAGAGCUCCCAAGAAUGACUCUUUUUAAAAGCCUAAAAUGUACCACUGAAUGGCAGGAAUCCCCAAAUGCCUGACUUUUCUGAAGGGAUCUUGAGCUAAAGCAGGUUCCAAGCCCUGAUUCAAACCCCAUGACAUGCCUCACAAUAAGGCCAUAGGGAGCCUGUUAAACAUUGGCCAUUUUACGAUUCUUCAUCUCCCAAUUAAAAUUUAACUCUCUGUUAACUUCAGCUCAGUCAGCUAUGGAUGCCUGGGUCCCAAUUACCCUUUGGCUGAUGGAUUCCAGAGAUCAAAGCCCCUGGCAGAAUUCAGUCAAAACAGAAAACUGGGCAAGAGAACAACCGGGGGAACCAAAUGAUCUGAGGUCAGCCUGCCAACGACACCGGGGAAGGCCUCCUCCCCACCACGUGGCCGCGGGAGUGCCAAUGUCCAUCCAUGAAGGGGCCCCCAAGAACCUGCUAGCCGCCAGCCAGUCGUCCGGGGAGCCCCAGCCAUGCAAAAAGCCACCUAUUACGACACCUCCACUCUCUUCGGGGGCUACUCCUACCAAGCGGCCAACGGCUUCAGCUACGAGGGUCCCCCGCAACCCUUCCAGCCCGCUGCGGCUCACGUCGAGGGCGACUACCAGAGGCCCGCUUGCACCCUCCAGUCCCUGGGCAACGCUGCCCCCCUGGCCAAGACGAAAGACCUGAACGGGAGCUGCCUGCGCCCCAGCCUGCCCCAGGAGCACCACCCGCCCCCGCCCGUCUCGCCGCCCCCCAACCCCAUCACCAUCACCACCACCACCGGCGGCAGCAACAGCGGGAACAGUAGUAACCACAGCCAGCCCGGUGGGGGGAAAAACGCCCCCAGCAAAGCCAGCUUGGCCUCUAGUAACGCAACUCUCACCAAGCAGAUUUUCCCUUGGAUGAAAGAGUCGAGGCAAAACUCCAAGCAGAAAAACAGCUCCCCCAGCACAGAAAGCUGCGGUGGUGAGAAAAGCCCUCCAGGCUCUUCGGCUUCCAAGAGGGCCCGCACUGCUUACACGAGUGCCCAGCUGGUCGAGUUGGAGAAGGAAUUCCAUUUCAACCGCUACCUUUGCAGGCCCCGCCGGGUGGAAAUGGCCAACCUGUUGAAUCUCAGCGAAAGGCAGAUCAAGAUCUGGUUCCAGAACCGGAGAAUGAAAUACAAAAAGGAUCAGAAGUUGAAAGGACUGGGGUCUUCUUCAGGGGGGCCCUCCCCCACCGGAAGUCCUCCUCAGCCCAUGCAGUCUUCUGCCGGGUUCAUGAACGUUUUGCACCCGAUGACAUCAAACUAUGACGCCCCUUCUCCGCCCUCCUUCAACAAACCCCACCAGAAUGCCUAUGCCAUGCCCACCGCCUACCAAAAUCCCAUCAAAAGUUGCCCCACCCAACAGAAGUAUGCCAACACGGCACCAGAGUAUGAUCCACAUGUCUUACAGGGUAACGGGGGCGGUGGCUAUGGCCCCCCAAAUAUGCAAGGCAGUCCAGUGUACGUUGGCGGCAACUAUGUGGAUUCUAUGCCUGCUUCGGCUCCCUCUCUGUAUGGGCUGAACCCCCUACAACAUCACCAGCCGCCCAGCAUGGAAUACAACGGGGCUCCUCAGAUGGCCACCAGCCAGCACCACGGACCUUGCGAGUCUCAUCCCACGUACACAGACCUUUCCACCCACCAUGUGUCUACUCAGGGCAGAAUCCAAGAGGCGCCCAAACUGACCCAUCUGUGAUGAGGAAUGGGACAGACUGUGGGAGGGAGGUUGAGAGGGAGUUAAUGGAGAACUGGAACCGAGGGUGGGUGUUGGUUUGCUGGGUGGGUGGGCUGGGGUGUAGGGGGAGUGUUGGUGGGCUCUUACUUCAAAAACAUUUGUGUUGAAACCUUUUUUAGAGAUGGAAAAUGGCUGCCAUCUGGCCUAAUCAUCAAUGAUUUCUUUCCACUCCAUAUGAAAUGGUGGCCUAUUCAGGGCUAGCUUUCACUGGUGAUGUCAGAAGUGGGAAUCUUAAGCCUCCUUGGAAGUCACAUGAUUUUACCCAGAAGCCCUUCCACCAAUCCCACUCUUAGGUCUGAGGGAGAGGUUUGUGAUGCUGCAGUGGGGAAGGAAAUGCUUCCGGGAAUGCUCCCGGUGUGAUGUUCUUUUGAGUUUCAAGAUGAAGCAUUUUCUUUAAAAAGAGAGAACAAAGAACAGGUUCCAUGACUGGGUCUAAGAGACCCCCCAACCCCCAUUAAAAGAAGUCAACACUGACAGUGAAUGUGUGGACUCAGCAGGGUUUCUUGGUCUCUGCCUAUUUCACUUGGUCACUUUAAGAUCUUAAUGCCUGAGGCGGCUGUCUGAACCAGAAUUACAUUCUUCGAAGUCAGUUUUAAGUCAACGGGUUCUGAAGGUCGUAACUCUGCUAAAGAUAGCUAUGAAAAUGGCAGUUCUAAACAUGCCUUAUCUGCUCCUGAAUAACCCUCAGUACGACGUGGUAUGACCUUGUCCUAGGUUAUUAAUGGUGUUGGCAGCAUUCUGGACCUCAGAGCAUUUGAAAGUGAAGGUGGUGGUGGUGGGGGGUCUUAUUUAUGAAUGCUACUGCCCUCCCCCACUCCCCGCAACAAUCUCCACAGGCAUAAACCAGUGAAUCUCCCUCAUCUGCUGGUUUUCUAUCUGCAAGGAGGCUGCUGUUUUAAAUGGACUGGAGAAUUCCAAGGGGUGAAUCCUCCACCUUCCAUCUGAAAAGGCAUAGCAUUCUGUCAGCUCAUACUAACAUCUCAUUCUGUGGAGCAUGUACAAAUUUCCUGGAAACCCCCCCCCCCCCCCCGCAUUUCAAUUACUGUCAUUGGGGCGGGGUGGAGUAACCACUGAAAUGAAGGAAAUUUAUUUAUGGAAGCAGAACUGUUCUGAAAUCGUGACUACAUACCCCGUGCAGUGGGGAGUGAGGUUGAAGUAGGCUGAACCAAUAGGGCUUGCACCAUGCUGUCUCUUAAUUUAUGAUGUGAUUAUUGACACCCUCCCUUUCUCCAGACACAAAACAGUCACAUGCUUCCUUCCUCCUGUUAGGCUGAGGCCCUUUCCGCAAGGGCCAAUAAACACAGGUUAGGGGCAGGAUAAAAUCCGUGUUGGGCGGGAAUUUCGCACAAUUCCCACCCCUAAAACAGCUAACCCGCCUCUCACCCAGGUUCAUUGGCCUGUGUGGAGAGAGCCUGAGAGGCAUUGAUUGGCUCAGGGUUGCCCAGUCAGCUUCCACUGAAGAACCAUGAUUUGAACCUCAGUUUUCCAGAUGUCAUCCUUCCUUCUAUCCAACUAUUACACCCGACUAUCUCUUGACAUCCUUCUACCAUUCUUUUACGGAUAUCCGUAAUAACAAAACCAGUGGUCCCAAGUGGGUAGAAACGUUGAACAUUGUUAGAGGUAAUUAUUCAGUAUUACAAGAACGUGGUCCUGAGCAUGAAUCCUAUGUAGAUUAUACAGGAGCAGAAUAGCUCUUGUUUACCUACGAGCCUCUACGUUGCUUUCGUUUUAACUAGAAUACCAACUGGUUGAUUCACUGAUGGACUGAUAAAUCUAUUCAGAUGCCUUGACAUUAUACCAUGAAACUUGGGAUACACUUUCUUGGCAGUGGGGCCCAUUGGCAAGUUUCAUGGGCACAGCCCACAGGAAAUUUGCAUGCUUAAUUUCAGAUCAGUCUGUACUAGAGAACUUGCCCACUGGCUGUUUCAUCUAUGGAACACCCCAAAGCCAAACACACUUAUGCGUGUAAAGUGCCAGCAAGUCACAGUUGAAGUCUAGCAACUCCAGCAAGGGGCUUUCAAGGCAAGUGACUAAGCAGAGGUGGUUUGUCAUUGCCUUCAUCUGCAGAGUAUUCCUUUCUGGGCUCCCAUCCAAAGACCAGCCCUGCUAAGCUUCCGAGCUCUGAUAAGAUCUAUCUAUCUAUCCCAUGCUACCUUUUCCCCUUAACUGGAAUGAAAUCUCAUUUCCAUGUGAGCUACCAAAUUAAAUGGUUUAAAAUGGUAAACUACGGUUGUAGUUCAAGAACACUUUUCUGGCACUAGGCCCUAUUGACUAAAAUGAAACUCAGCUACUGAAUAGACCUACUUUGGCUUGUUCAAUAUGUUACUGGAGACAAGCAGAUACAUAGAUCUCAGACACAAUUAAGGCUGGGUGACUUAGAAACACAAAGGGGUGCUUUCUUAAGCCCUUGAAAAUACUGUUUUUUAGGGGAACUUACUGAAUGCAUAUUAAUUCUGGGAGCCCUUUUAUGGAUUCCACGUCAUACCUCCUAUUUAUCUUUCUCCUGAGGUUUCAACACAAAUUUUUUGAAUGUAGAAAAGGGUGCUGAUUUUUUUUAAAGGGAUAAUCCAAAUGGAACAGGUAAUUUCAUUUUUUUAAAGGAAAGAAAUCUUACACGAUGCACACAAUGUUGUGGCCCUGUGUCUUGAAUAGAUGGCCUCUUCUUAAAGCGACGGCUCCUCUCCCAAAUCUAAGUCACAAAUUUAUUAAUAUACAAAAGGAUGCCCAAGAGGUUGAGUAGAAAACUGCCUUCACAAACUCUUCUACUCACACCUUCUCCCCACAACCAUCACACAUGAUCUGUUGAACUGUCCCUUCUGAACUUUUCAUGGACCAUUUUCUCCUUCCCUUCCCCUAACCUUACAAUUUGAAAAUGUCCACCCUAGCCAACACUCAGAGCUCCAUUCCUUCUCUCCAUCCCAGUAUCUGCCAGAUGCUUUCAAGAACUGGGGGGGGGGGGGGAAGGGCAGAAAAAGGGGGUGCCCUUUCACACAAGGACUUUCUAAAGUGAAACUGGAGUUAUUUUUUUAAAAUAAAUAAGGAACAAGGGUCCAAGCUUCGAAGGGAAGGAAAAAAACACGUGACAGGUGUGCUCAGUUUGAGCUCUCCUUCCUGAUAAAGCGGCUGCCUCCCUUUCUUUAGGGCUCACGAAAGGUGGGGAAGCCUUCCACACCUCCAGGUGUUCUUUCUGCGCCUGAUUGUGUCUCCUCUUCUCUUGAACGUGAAAACAGGGUAUAUUUGAACAGAAACUGGUAUGUCGCCCAAUGAAAGCGGAAGUAAACUGCCCUCCGGGGAGGGCAGGGCAGGGUGUGUGUUGUCUGACACUUUUCAUUGGGUAGCAUAUUUCUUGCACUUAGAGUUUACAUUUAAAUGGGUAGAUAUACCAACUUUUGAAGGGCCCCCAUUGGAGACGACAUUCAGUGGGGUGUGUGUGGGUGUGUGUUCCGGUGAACAUUCAUAUAUAUAUAAAUAUAAAUAUAUAUAUAUAUUAUAUAUUUAUUUGUUAUAGCCAGUUUUAAACUAUUUUUUUCUCGGUUGGUUUUGUAUUAUUUAUCCCCAACAUUAUGUAUUUAUAAAAAAAAAUGUACUUUUUUAGUAUUUACCUGUUAUGAAAGAACAUGGUGUUUCCCCCGUCCAUUGUAUAACAUGCCUUUCUCUCUCUUUUUUUCCUCUUUCUUUUUUUCCCCUUUUCUUUCUUUCUUUUUUUAGUUAUUGUAAUUUAGGGAAAGAAACCUGUAGUUACCUUCGUACUGAAAAAUAAUGUGUUUAGUUCUAUUGGAGGCAUGAAAGCAGAGCCAGAUUGUAAGUGUAUAGACCUGAGUUAGAAGAACUAGCUAACCCUCCCCCCCUUGCCUUUCUCCGCCACCUCCUCUUCUGCCCUUCUUUUUUGAAACAUCCCCUCCCCUUUGUUCUUUAUGGUAGAAACUUUAUUUCUUUGCUUAAGGGUUGUCUGUUGAACAAUUCUUGAAUAAACUUUCUGUUCUUAA